UUAGAAAACAAUGUUGGUUUGCUUUCUACCAUACAACAGUGGAGCACACAGCACUGAACGUUACCUGUGAACCUCUUGAUAUGUGCUCAGGUUGUUUUUCACUGGCGUGGUAGAGUGGCUGACAAUCUUGCUGGAGAGUCCCUGUUAUUGGCUUCAAAAAUACACAUGAAAGACAGGUUGAGGGGCUCAGAUGUUGAACCAGGGAUUCACUUUAUUGUCCAGGUCUACGUGAGGUCGUCCUCCUUAAUCAACCCAAGUGUUAUACAACACGUCUGUCCAGCAGAUGGAGCUAUUACAUGAAAAACUGUUUCCUGGUUUGUCUGUGCUGAGUCAUAAACAGGGUGGGGCUCUGUUGGUCUGUUUCCAGUUUUGAAGUCCGGCUGGAGGAGUGUUGGGUCUUAGAUAAAUCCAAAGGUCUGUGGCUGAUCAGUGAAAUAUAAGCACUCCACGACUGACUGGAGUCUCAUUGGAGUGGAAAAACGCAAACUGAACACCGAGCCUGCAGCAGGACUGACGUUAGCUUCACGGACUGCCACCAGUGCGGGAUCCGCUGCUGCAGGAGGGCUCCCCCCGGUAGAUCACCCAGCCUGUCGGUCUGAUAUGGCGGAGAUCGGGUCGUCGGUUGAAUUCUCCGGCUCUCUGAGGAGCUCGACCCUUCCUCCGCCGAGGACCCGCAUCUUUAAAAUCAUCGUGAUCGGGGACUCGGGGGUCGGAAAGACGUGCCUCACCUACCGCUUCUGCGCCGGGAAGUUCCCCGAGAAGACGGAGGCCACGAUCGGGGUAGACUUCAGGGAGAGGCUGGUCGAGAUUGACGGAGAGAAAAUCAAGAUCCAGCUCUGGGACACUGCGGGUCAGGAACGCUUCAGAAAGUCCAUGGUGCAGCACUACUACCGCAACGUGCACGCUGUCGUCUUUGUCUAUGAUGUCACCAACGCUGCCAGUUUCCGAAGCCUCCCCGCCUGGAUCGAGGAGUGUAAGCAGCAUGCUCUGGGCACAGAGGUACCCAGGAUCCUUGUAGGAAACAAGUGUGACCUCCAAGACUCCAUCCAGGUGGGCACAGAUGUUGCACAGCAGUUUGCUGACGCUCACUCCAUGCCCGUGUUUGAGACGUCUGCAAAGAACCCAAACAGCCAGGGAGACGGUGGGAGCUGUGGUGGAGCAAACAGCGACCAUGUGGAGGCUAUUUUUAUGACCGUUGCUCACAAGCUGAAGUCUCAGAAACCUCUGGUGCUGAGCCAGCCACCCGAGGGGUCAGGGGUCACCAUCAACCUCAACAGGGGGAGGGAUGACGGGGGAGAUGGGUCCAGAAGCUGGGGCUGCAGCAGCUGCUGAGGGGGAGAUACGUGAAGGACCACAGGGAGAAAUCUUCAACCCCGGACUGCACAUGGCUGAAGAAAGUGAGGAUGGGAUGAGCUAAGGGAAGAGCGAGGAUCUAAAAGAAUGAAGGUUCUAGAAAAAUGGCUUCAUAAUCAGCACCACACAUAGUUUAAUGUCACUGUUAGAAGAGGAUACAGUCUUUUGUCAAUGCUUGUGCUAAACUUUAUAAAUUAUUCUGAGCUACUAUGAACAGAAUAAUUAUUGUCCAUCAUCCUGAACAAAGGGCAAACAAUCAGAUAAGUCCUGAGCCACAUGAGGUUUGAAUUCACUCUCUCUUAUAUGUUCUGAGGACAGAGAACAUGGUGACACAGUGUUAGCACUGGAUUACUUAAAGAGAAAGACCAGUAAAUCAUAGGGGUUCAGAAUUUGGUUUCUGAUGCAGACUUGACAAACUGUGCCAUUUUAUUUGUAUUAAGCCUGUUAGAGAGGUUUUAAUUGGUUGAUUCUUAAGCCAUCAUUAAUGACAAACCAGUAAUGACAGCACUGUAUUAACAGGUGUGUAUGUUGGUUUGUCUGACCCUUACUCAUGGUUUGGGUUGUCACUUCCGCUGAGAUACCCUUCAGAUGGUAGGGGUCAGUUUCAUUUAAGGAUUUCAUUAAAGGCGCACCAUUAUCAACGUCA